GCCGCCGCCGCCGCCGCCGCCGCCCCGCAGUCCGCGCCGCCGCCGCCGCCCGCAGCCGCCCCGCGAUGCCGUCGGAGAAGACCUUCAAGCAGCGCCGCAGCUUCGAGCAAAGAGUGGAGGAUGUCCGCCUCAUCCGGGAGCAGCACCCCACCAAGAUUCCGGUGAUCAUAGAACGAUACAAGGGGGAGAAGCAGCUUCCUGUUCUGGACAAAACCAAGUUCCUCGUCCCCGACCACGUGAACAUGAGUGAACUCAUCAAGAUAAUCAGACGGCGACUACAGCUCAACGCUAACCAGGCCUUCUUCCUGCUGGUCAGCGGACACAGCAUGGUGAGCGUGUCCACGCCCAUCUCCGAGGUGUAUGAGCGCGAGAAGGACGAGGAUGGCUUCCUGUACAUGGUGUACGCCUCGCAGGAGACGUUUGGGGCCGAGCCGCGGGUGUGAGGCGGGCCUCCACGGUUCGACCCAAGCCACGGAGACAGGGAUGGCACUGGCGGGGCCCAGCCACCAGCCACGGACCACCCGGCCGCAGCAUUUCUGCCUAGGAGUUUAGGAAGUCUCUUGUGUGCUCGAGCAGGAAGCCUGAGCUCAGAUGAGCACCUCACGCUUUGGAAGACUUAUUAUUUAACUCAGCUGUCUUGUUUUCAAAGUUAGACGUUCAGAAAUAAAGUACUUUGCCUUUCAGUUGCCAAUA